AAAAAGAUUGAUGUCACGUGAACUUCCCGUGACAUCUCACAGCCACUCGACUGCUCCGUCACUUUAACAGGCUUACAGCAAAAGACCGGGAGCCCUCCCCAACUAUAGAAUUCUGAUUCUGAAUAGUCUUAAGAAAAGCGCUUCAGUGUGCAGCGCCUGAGAUCCGAACCUUCAAUGGCGUCAAGCAAGACUUUGCUAUCAGCAACAGCCGCAGUUAUAUUAGCAACGUCUCUCUUCUGGACCUUAACUUCGUCUUCAUCAUCGCCUUCUUCGGCCGACUCUAUCGCCUUCAUCAAGAAGACCAUCGAUUCCAACAAGAUCGCCAUCUUCUCCAAGUCCUAUUGCCCGUACUGUAAAAGGGCAAAAUCUGUUUUCAAAGAGUUGAACCAAGUACCCUAUGUAGUUGAGCUUGAUGAGAGAGCUGACGGUCGAGAUAUCCAAGAUGCUUUAGGUGAGCUUGUUGGGAGGCGUACUGUACCACAGGUGUGGGUGAAGGGAAAGUACAUUGGGGGCUCAGAUGAUACUGUUGAAGCAUAUGAAAGUGGAGAACUGGCAAAGCUUCUGGGCAUUGAGGUCCAGCAUAGGGAGGAUCUUUAAAUUGAAUCAUCAAUGAUCAGAAACUGGUAGCUGAAUUCGUAGAGAAGUUGAAUGUAGUGCUUAUGAAAUAACUCCUUCCCUUACAUGUGGGGGAGUAUAGCAAUCGCUUUUGCAUUUAGCUUGUUUUUUUUUUUUUUUUGGAUUACUGUAUUUUAGUCUUUUACAGAGAAUGAUCGCUUGGAUAAAAUUGUACUUCUAGUUGAUGGACUGCUGUCUGCCUCUUCACCUCUACUGCGAUUUGAACGUUAUAUUUGUAUUUCAGUAUAACGUUUUCCUCUCUUUUUUCUCAUGGAUAAAAUAGUCAUAUUGGCACUUAUUGAGACUA